UUACUACCCGGUACUAUUUAGACGGGACACCUAUGAUCGUACGGUUUACUGCUUUAGCGUCCAGCAUAUUUGCAGGUUGAAAUUUAAAGUAUCGGACGCAUUACAGAUCAGUCUGGUUUAUCUAUGCCACUAAAGGAUCAGUCCAACUCAACGGUCAUGAAGCCAGCAGUGGAUGAGAUGUUCCCUGAAGGAGCUGGACCCUACGUGGACCUAGAUGAGGCUGGGGGAAGCACAGGACUACUGAUGGACCUGGCCGCCAACGAAAAGGCUGUUCAUGCAGACUUCUUCAAUGAUUUUGAAGACCUGUUCGAUGAUGACGACAUCCAGUGAGAGAUUCGCGUGUCUUCGGUGGUGUUAAUGAUGGACGAUAUUAACACAACUCCUCAUUAUGGACUACUUUUUCCCUGAUACACAAACUUUUUCCAUUUGGGAGUGCAGGCUAGCACACACAGUCUAAUGACAUACAAUUUCCUUUCAUAGGUGUGCUAGAUUUAAGGUCAUAAAAACAUUCAUAAAAAAAGUUGCCACUGGCUCCAGAUGUUGUGAAAUUCUUAGGAUCCCAAGGAUUCCUUCAUAUAUGGUAUGUUGAAAUUAUCAGCUUCUAUCGGGCUCAUGUGUCUUGACUGCUUCCAAGCUGGAUUGUAGGUUUGUGUCCGCUGGUGAACACCUGUUAGCGGUACUUUUCCAGCAUAAUAACAUACAGGAUGGCUGAACCUCCCGUGCUGUCGCCCGAGAACAUGCUGCAGAUGGCAUAUGAUAAAUGGUAGUCAGUCAGUAGCUUUUUGUAUUACUUGAAAUAACACACAUAAACUUUAAAUAAUGGCUGUGUGAUAUGAAACACUUGUGUCCCGUAAUGUUGUGCAAAUGCACAGUUACACACUUGUAAUUGUAUUUUGUGGACGAAUCCUGUGUUUAAAGCUGAUGAGAAGUGAAUAAACGGUGCCGUGUCAAUGACAA